CUGUCCUGUUGUCUUGUCUCUGUAGUGAUUUUGUUUCUCGUCUCUGGUUGAGUAGCUCAGCCUGUGUAUUACUGGGUGGUACUUAAAACCAAGCUGGAUGUUUCAGCAGGGUGUGAAGCUGUUUACUGGAUUUGGUUUUUAUACAGUAAGCUGUAGCACCAAUAUUUCGAAAUGAGCUUUGAGUAAUGGUGGGGUUUUCUUCAUGCUGUACUCAAUCACUUGAUGGUUAGUAAACAGAGGGACUCCUUGAUCUACUCAGUCCUCCGAGGGCCUAGAAGUAAAAUGGCGUGUUUUUAAGAGGAUGGUAAAUCAGUGUAGCUCUUCUCUUCAGGACACGUGUGAACAGUAUAAAAGUUUUCCGUUAUUAAAAUCCGGGCUGUAAGGGAAACAGGGCGGGUUCCCGCGCUUUCAAAUGACGUCACGCCCCGGAAAGAGCCGCACCAAAUACGGAUGUCGAGGGGAUCUGAAAGUAGCAUUUUUCAAUCAGGUGAAAGCAAGUACAGAACUCCACUUUAUUUUCACAACUAAUUUUUUUUUCCAUAUGCAGUUAAAUAAGUCAUGUCAGUUAUUGUUCUGGCCGUAUGUCAAAUUCACAAAAUGAAUAAAUCGCUUGACCUGUCGUCGUGCUACAUGCUAGUAGCUAACAUGGCUGAAACAUCUCUAUGCUUAGCCCCAUAUAUUUUUUCAAAUUACUUUUAAAAAAAAAAGUAAACAUUUUGGAAAAAAUAUUUAGUUGCUGUAACCGUAGUUGAAUGUGUUUAGGAAAACGUCCAGUUACCGAGACUUGUCGUCUUAGUUGAUGCUAGCUGAAACGUGGCUGUGUCACAAAUUACUUCACUCUGCCUAUUUAAGUGCGUGUAGUAGUAGGGAUGUGUAAAUGACUAGUGCACCCUAUAUAGUGCACUAUAAAGGUAUUUGGCCGCAAGUGCAUGCAGGCUAAGGUUAACUGGCUAACCGAGCCAACUUGGCUUUUCUUUUUGUGUGUUUAUGAUAAACAAGUUGGCCAGCAUCAUAGUAAAUUUAUAAUAAAGCUCAUAAUUUUCAAAACAAUGGGAAUCUUUUGGGAAGUAAGCCUAUCUGUACGUUUCGGGGUGAGUUGACUCAAAAAAGUACUGAGUCUAAUAAAGCUUUAUGUGGAUUAAUUUGAAGUUUUUUGGAGAAAUGUGAAAAGCCGAAAAUGUUCCAAUGUUUCCUUACUCUGUCUUUUUGUGUGUUGCUUCAUUUUAGAUGCUACCUUUAAGUUAUCUCACGGGGUACCUUGAGAUCUUGUGUGUGCAGUUAUGUGAUUUGAAGUCCCUGUAAAGUUCACCACCUCUCCUCCUGAGAUGCAGAUAGGGAGCAAACCAACAGGGCCAGCAGCUUGGAACAACCUGUCGCUGGUCCCUCAAAUCCCUCACAGCGACAAGGCUACUGCAGCUACUGUCAGGUCGUAUAUAACAGCGUAGAGCAGCACAUCCAGAGCACCAGGCACAGAGAAGUGGUGGUACGAACAGCGAGGAUAAACGUGUCCUCUGGAAGCCUGAUGGAGAGAUUCCUCCAGGAUGUGCUUCAUUACCAUCCUCAUGGCUACAAUGACACACGUCCUACCCAUGCUGAGUUACCUUUCCUGAGUACAUUACCCAUUCCAAGAGAAGUAUUAUCAGAGGUGUACUGUAGAUCAGAGGACGAUGGGCUCUCUGUUGGGACCAGAGAGGAAAUGCUCAGCUCUGAAGAAUCCUGUCAGAUGGUGCAAGCUGAACCCACUACCACUUGUAGUAUGAGUCAAGAACAAGCAAGCACUUCUGUUACUGUGCCAUUGGCUAUAGCGAUAGAAACAAGUGUACAAACUGGCCUUAAAACUGUAAAAAUGAAAGUUGAACCCCCAAUCCCUGAAAGGUAUUCUCCAACACAGGGGUUCUUACAUAGGACUAGUAGCGAGUCUGAUCUAGACAAACAACACACAUCAAAACUGUUGACACAAACAGUAACUUCACAAAUCCAACAGCCUUGUAGCUCACAGACUCCCGGAUCCCCAAAGUUUCAGCACAGGAAAGCACGCAGAAAAACGAACAGGCAGAGAGAAGACAAUGAUUCAAGCCCCGGCACCACUACAUCACCAUUCACAAAGUGCAUUACCUCAAAAGCCCAGCAUGGGCAAUUGCAGCUAGCUACAACUGCCAUGCUACCACUCUGGAAGGGGCCACACAGGGUACAGUCGUUCAGUGAAAAGUCAGACCAAAUAUGUGAAGUAAUUGAAGAGGUUAUUGAGAGGUACUGCUAUGGCCACAGUCCUAAACCCAACCAGGAGGACGAAAGUGUGAUCCACCUGAGCUUUCAAUCCAGUGAGUCUAAAGGCAGUGAUGAAUGGGACAACACCUUUCAGGAAGCUUUGCAAAAAAACAUAACUGAGGAUCAACGUCUCGCAUGCCUUACGCAAGUACAUAUAAACCUUGAGGACCAAGGGUACAAAGCCCAGCUGGACACAGCACUGAAUACUGUGUUAGAAAGUGAAAAGAUGGAGCCUGGGGAAGCUAACGAGAACAAGACUGAAGAGAUCAUUCCAGAUCUUCCUCACAUACCACCAUCAUUUGUGGGAAAGACAUGGGCACAAGUAAGGUAUGAGGAUGACUUAAAGAUAGACUGCAUGGUGAGAGAGUUCCGACAAGGCCGCUUCCAUUGCUAUUUUGACAGUGAGUCAUUGGCUAAUUUUGGGAAGCACCACAGGAAAGAUAAAAAUUUUAAGGAUCAAGGAGAAAAGGUGGCCGAUUUUGAGUGUAAAGAUGUCUUGCCUCUUAUUGAGUAUCAUGAGGAGGACUCCAAACACCAACCUAGGCGUCGAAUAUACCGAAUGGCAUCACGCUGUCAAGUGGUGAAGGUGAGCCAUGGAACACAAACUGCUCCGUUGAACUGCCCUGUAGUGCGGAGAAAUACAUUACCUGUAACUGACAUUUUGUUCAGUACCUGUGAGACUCCGAAGGAUCCGAGUCCUGAGAGGACACCAGACAUGAAAACAAGAAUGUGUGCACUCAAGCUCCCUGCAUCUUACUGUAAGAUUAUGAGUCCUCUGCAGCCUAAAACUGUGGUUUACGUUCUUUCUUCCCCAGACGGUGGACAGGGUUCCUUAAAGCCCGCCCCAAUUAAAAGAGUGGGCAGAAAGCGGAAAUCAAGUGAUGAGGAAUGUACACUUAAAUACAAGUACAAAAAGACCCCUCUGAAAUAUUAUGACCCCCUGACCAACAGAAUACUUAAGACUCCACCAAGAGGGAUGCCCUCAUCUCCUACUACCAAAUCUCUCUCCCAUGUUAGACAGUUAUUCCGUAGCCUCAGUCCAGAUAUCAACAAGGAACUCCAUGGUUCAGCACAGGGACGAUCAUCUCGAGGGUCUAGAAAGUGCCGGGGUGAGGGUAGCAUGGCAGACCUUUGUGCUUCUACCUCUGGCUCUUGGCUGGACAGUGGGGGUCCCUCUGAGCCUGGUUCUUCUGUUUCCAGCAGGAAGGCCCUGUUCAGCCAGUCCUCCAUUUCCAGUGGCAGUCGUUUCCUUCUGGGACAGAUGAGAUCCACUGCGUGCCACACAGACAACUCCUCAAGAGCAAAAUCUCCUUCCCAUACAGACAGUUCUCUUAAGGUUACAGGGACUAAGCCAAAAGUGGACCAUGCACAGGCACACCUGGACCAACCGCCAAGCAGACGUCACAAACAGGGCCAGCGAGUCACAGACAAACCUCUGACUCCUGCAAAGAAACCAUCAUCACCUCCUUACAGGACCAGGCGAAAGUCAGCCAAAGUCAAGGCACAGUCUAGGAAUAGUCUCCAGCGGAAGGUCAACACCCGUGGUGCUUCAGGAUGUAGAACAUCCUCACGGAAUAAAAGUUCCACCAGGGGUUCACCCAGAUCAUAAACAUUAUCUAUACUGGAUGUCUUGGACCCUCACUGUAUCCACUGCACUCACUACUUAGCAGCCUACCCUGUUGGGUUUGGUGUUAUUAAGCCUACUUUACAACAGGCACGACAUUAAUUUAUAAGCCAGCAUUGUGGCUUAACCUCUUUUAUACAUAUAUGUGUGAUAAAGAGACGUGUAGGCAAAGAGCAAAAUCUGAUCUGUCUACCAGUUGCUGUAUAAUUUUGCACAGGUGGAAUUAAUUUUGUCUGUAUUUCUUGUUUCCUAGUCAAAUCACGCCUUUUUAAAAAUGGUUCAAGGGAAUAUUUUUUAAUUUUUUUAACGAAUAUUUUUGUCCGGCGGUUAAAUAUUUAAUAACGAUUGCACAUUAAAGUUUAUUAUAUAAA